GUUUUAUUACAUCCCCCCCCCCCCCAGUUUCAGCUAAGAAAAAUGGCAACCGAACUACCAAAACCGGCGACAGAAGAAGUAAAGGUGGAUUUGUUCGAAGAUGACGAUGAGUUUGAAGAAUUUGAAAUCAAUGAAGAGUGGGACAAUGAGGAAGAAGGAAAGGACAUGACGCAGCAGUGGGAAGAUGAUUGGGAUGAUGAUGAUGUCACCGACGACUUUUCACUGCAACUGAGAAGGGAACUUGAGAAAAAUGAUGAGAUGAAGUGAGUUCGAAUCGAAUUUCUAUCGUCAUUUCGUUGUGCUCAGCACACUUGUUUGAAACGGAUUUUCCUUUCCUUGCAAAAAGAAUGUUUGAACUUAGAACCGUUUUCGUUGAAUAGCCUUGGAUUGUAUGUUUGAUCGAAACUCAGAAUGCAGAAAUUGGUUUCAUGGUUAUGUUGACAUUGAUUUAACUGCUCAA